GAUUUGUGACACAAUUUUUAUUAACUUUAUAUAUCCUAUAAAUAUCUCUGAUAAAUCAGUUUCUGUCUGUAAUUAAUGUAACACUGGUCAGGUUUUACUGCAUUCACUGAUAACACAGAGAUAAAUGCAGCCUGCUGAGUCCAGCAGCUAGCGUUAAUGAGCUCUGGCCAUGACGUCAGAGGUUCGCCAGCACUCUCCCCACUGUUAUCAAACAUCACUCUCCUCUCUGUUAUCAAACACACAGCAAAUCAUUCAAGCAAGUUUAAAAUAAUGGAAACACUGGAAGAUGAAAUUCCAAACGUUGAUCUUUCUGAUGCUGAAAACAUUAGACCGUAUCAGUUUGAACCUUUGGCUAACACUAGUGAAACUCCAAGAAGUGCUACACCAGACAAUGAUAGUUCUGAUGUAGAGGACUUUCAGGAUAGACAAGUCAAUACUAAUUGGUGUGAAUGUGGCAUUUGCAUAUCCAUGGCAACUCAACAAGAGUGCAUUUGUUGUCAGGAAAUAGCAGCAAUUAGUGCAGAAAUUGAGGCAGGGGCCCACCAAUGCAUAACAGAAAGUCCAAUAUUUACAGACAAUUGUCUAAAUCGACAUGUUUUACACGUUUCAAUGUAUGAAUAUUUACAAAAUGUGGGACCAAUCGAUGACAAUCAACCAUCUCACCAGGUAUACAGACAUCUUGACUAUAGACGGUUUGUCAGGUGGAUAUGGCACUUCUUAGGAAAAAGCAACAGAAAAAUAUUACCUGCAUGUGUGGUAUCCAAAAUAAGAGAGACAUUUCCAUCAGAACAAUAUUGUGGUUUUAGAUAUGCCAGAUGAAAAGCAAACAGAAAAGGCACAUCUCACACAAUCAGUCCUAUCAUUAAUAAAUAGUUAUACAUUUCAUCUUGUUUGUAUAAUGUAGUUUUUUAUAGUGUUCAUAAUUUAUCUUCUUGCAUAUCUUGAUGAAUGCCUGCG